AUGGCGGGGCGGGACGGCUCGUUUGAACAGAUCGAGCGGCACCUCCCGGGGGCGCCGCCACCGCCGCCUGAGGGGCAGGUCGCCGGGCGGAGACGGUGCCAACCGCAGCACCAGCACACCCACCACCAGCAUGCAUUCUCGGCGCCGCGUUCAUCCCGUUGGACGGGGACUGAGGCCGCCGCGAGGGUUUACCCCUAUGCCCCCGCCGGCGCCGGAGAGCGGAGUCGCCUGGGCUUUUUGGCCGACGAUCAGCUGCCUCCGUGGCGCAGGCGCCGCCUCUCCAUGGAACCCCCCGAGGCGGCUCCUAGCGACCCCCGCGCCCCUCGGGGCUGGUGGGUGGCUCCGGGCGGGCGGCAGUGGCACGUCCUGGCGGCCUGCUUGACCUGCUGUACCCUGCUCGGCUGGUACACGGCCAGCAGCUUGAUGGACCCGGCGGCGCCUGAAGGCCCCUGGCUGGAGGAAAAAGACCCCGAGCCCGAGCCCGAGCCGGAGACGGAGACGGUGACGGUGCUGGUGUGGUGGGCGCCUUUCGGGAGCAGCAGUGUCUCCGGGGACUGCGGGCGGAAAUUCAACAUCAGCGCCUGCCGCGUCUCCACCAACCGCAGCCUCCAGUCCGAGGCGCACGCCGUCCUCUUCCAUCACCGGGACCUGCAGGGGCACGGCAUCGGCCAGAUGCCCCGUCAGAGGCCGCCGGGCCAGCGGUGGAUCUGGAUGAACUUGGAGUCGCCCACCCACACCACGGGCCUGCAAAGCAUGGCCGGUCUUUUCAACUGGACUUUGUCCUACCGGUUGGACUCGGAUGUCUUUGUGCCCUAUGGGUACCUCAGGCUUCGCCCGGAGCCCCUUGUCCAGUUCACCUUGCCCAAGAAGACCAAGCUGGUAGCCUGGGUGGUCAGUAACUGGAACGAAGGUCACGCCCGGGUCCAUUAUUACCACCAGCUGAAAAAGUACCUCCCCAUUGAUGUGUUUGGGUCUCACAAACUGGCGCUCAAAGAUAACAAUGUGGUCAAGACCGUCUCGGAAUACAAGUUUUAUUUGGCCUUUGAAAAUUCCCAGCAUAAGGACUACAUCACGGAGAAAGUCUGGAGGAACGCCUUUGAAUCUUGGGCUGUCCCCAUCGUCUUGGGUCCCCCGAGGGCCAACUACGAACAGUUUAUGCCCUCCGAAGCCUUCAUUCAUGUCAAUGACUUUUCUGACCCCAUGGAGCUGGCGGUUUACCUGAAAUUCCUAGAUAAAAACAAGAACAUGUACAGAAAGCAUUUUGCCUGGAGGAAACAGUAUGAAACGCAGGUGACGUCCUUUUGGGUUGAACACUGUUGCAAGGUUUGUGAUGUAGUCAGAAAGGCUGGGAAAGAGCCCAAGACCAUCCAGAACCUCGCCAAGUGGUUUGAAAGUUGACUUCUUCGGACUGACUGAGUUUCCAUGCAGGAUGGUUGGGUUGACGCAUUUACCCAACCAAGGCACAAGAAAAUAUAUCAGGGAUACUUCAGUUUUUUUCUUGGAGAACCAAUUGAUAAGUUAAGAUUGCUUGGUUUAAUAAUCAUUUGGAGAGUCACCAUUGUGUUUGUGUGUGUGUGUGUACUUUUUUUUUUUGUUUCUGUCUUUUGGCUUCUAUGGUCGAUACAGUUCUUAACCAAAUUGAAGCACAAAAAUGUGUAGACUGCCCCACAUUUGUAUUUAAACUUUUAUUUGCAACCUUAGGUUUUAGCAAAAUACAUAUAAAAUUAUAGCGAUCAUAUCCAUUCUAUACAUCCCCUCUAAUAUUAAAAGCACUAUUUGUCAGGAUGUGCUUUUGUAGCUUCCUUGAAGCCAUUGCAAGCAAUGCAACUUGUUUUGUUAUAUGUUUGUCUUCAUCUAUCAACAAAAAGUAGAUCUUUUCUUCUAAACUAGAUUGUUUCAGUUAACAAGGGCAGAAUGAAUCUAGAUCAGAAGUUUGCAAUGUAAUGGGUCAAAUCUUCCACCUGUAAGUCAUUGCAAGUGCAUAAAAGGUGUGUAAUUCUCUCUAUUUUCCAUCCAAAAGGUAAUUCUCUCUAUUUUCCAUCCAAAAAGGUUUGUCUCAGGAAAUAGGACAUAAGAAACUGUAAAUAGUUUGACAUUCCCUUUUCUUCUUGACAUUCCUUGUCCUGCAUCCAGGAUUCUAAUAGGUGUACUUGAGCUCAACUUUCACUUUCAUGUGCCUGUUUUUUAUAGCAGUAGAAUUUUUUAAAAGUGGAGAAUAUUUUUUUAAAAAUUAGACUUUCUUACCCCUAUAUGCAUAUCCGAAGAGGUUGAUCUGCAAUGACUCACCACAGGUUUUGAUGCUGUUAUGCCUUUCAUUGUCAGACAAUUUCAAAUUACGACUCCAUUUGUUUUACGCAUAUUUUAAAACCUUUUAUUGCCAGGGUGAGCCAGAAAAACGGACCCCUUUGGCAAGAUACAGAAUGUCAAGAUGAAAUAUCUUCACCAAAUUGUUUUAUUACAAGUAAAAUAAUUGCAUUAUUUGGACCCCAUGUUAGCAUUUUCAGGUUAUUAAUGAUAAUUACAGCUAUGCUUUAUGAAAAUUGAUAGCAUUAGCAUUAGCAAAAUAGCUUCCUAACUCUGACCAUUGAUGCAGUUUACACAGUUUCCAUUCAGGAUGAUAGAAUACAAGUUAUAAAGCUAGAAGAAGUAGCUUAUUGGUUAGCUGCUUUGCAAAACUACUUCUUAAUUGAUUAAAAAUGCAUUGGGAAAGUA